AUGGCAGGUCUGACGAAUCGCGUCCGCAAGAUGAUUGCGUUGCCCCGCCGCACGCUCAUGAUGCCAAAGGGGGCAAUGCAUUCGAUUUGGAACAACAGCAGCCACCUCCUCGGCCCGUCAGUUGAUCGACCACACGCAGAUCCUCACGUGCAGAGUUCUUUGCGGGAGCAUUCGGAGGUUGGCGCCAUGUAUAGCUACAUCUCCCGCGGCGCCAGACUUUGGUUCUAUGGAGCAGGCUGGUGGGCCGGGACCACGCUGGACCUCUACUUCUCCCGGUGCUACGUGGCGCACCGCGACAUCGGCAGCUCCAUGGCGCUCUGGUGGCGCGUGCGCCAGGAGGUGCUGCAAUCCUUCGACGCGUCUCUGGGGCAGCAGCUGCUGCAGCGGGCAGUGCCCGAGACUGGCACCUCGGUCUGCGUGGCCAUGCGGCCCAAGGGCGGCAAGGUGACACCUGCGGCCAGUGAAGAUUAG